CGCCUAUCGAGGCGCCCCCUUCCCUGGCUCAUGGUGAUUUAGCAACUUUCAUGUCUGAUCAUCGCGCAUAAGUUGCAGGAAGGCUCUAUUGACGCCAUCGCCGACUGCGCCCCAGGCUUCAGAUUCAAUGUUGUCUUGGCGUUCUCCUUCUCCACCAGGGCACAACUGGCCAGCACAGCUGGCGCUCAUCCUCACAGCCGGCCUUUAGGGAGUACAUGAUCGUAUCGAUGGCCUCGUUUUCCAACAACAGAGUUACCACCUCGGGGGACACCGACAUGCCCCACACCUUGCGCAGAUCAUCCUCCAGCUGCUGUUUCAGUGGCGAUUCCGGCUGCUGUUCUACCAAUUUCAACACCGUCUGCAGGAUGAACCGACUGCUGAACAUCGUGUUGCCCACUGCUCCAGCAGUUCCGCCUCCCCGGCGUCGUCUUGGGCGGGUGGGGCGUGGUCGAGGCGCUGGCAGAGGCUGUGGCGGAGACGUCGCUUACAUUGUGAGUCACAAUUUCCGCGGGGGCACAUCGUUUUCCUUGGAGACCACUGGAACGCCACCACCUGAUGGCUCCGCGUCUUCCUUGGGCAUUUCGAUCUGGACCUGGAUCUGGGUCUGGGCUAACUGGUUGACGUCUUCUUUUGGCAGGACGCGACCGCCAGUGGGCGAUAAUCAAGUUUUUAUUCCCUUCGGCCUCCCCUUCCUACCCAGAUCUACGGUACAGCUCUUUGAUCCGUCUUCCCCCUUCCUUUGGCAGACUGUUGAUGCGUGUUUCUUAUUUUUACCUCCGCUCAGUCCCAAUCGAGCCUUUGAACACUCUCGUUUUCUCCCUUUGUGUUCUUGUCGUUCUCCUGAUCUCCUUUACGUAUUUUCUUGAACCUUUGCACUAUGGGGAAUUUGACCACUUUUUUUGGCCAAAACCCAUUUUUAAAAGUCGUUAAAAAUAAGUUUUGUUUAUCAGAAUGCAUCAGGAUAACAUCAAUAUCUAAUGUUACUAACAGAAAAGUUUAACAGUGCGCACCACUGUUAAGUUAUCAGCUGUCAAAGUCUGUUUUUACUUCAACGAGGUGGCAGAGCUGGUAAAGCGCCUAUUAUUCUGAAUAGUUUAAAUUGUCAAAAAGUGUAAAACUAAACAUGCCUCAGAGAUUUUAGAAAUACCAUCCAAUCAGAGGGACUUGUAAGUUGUGUUUGUGACCUUAAUAUUGUAUUUAUGGAUUGUGGUGUGUUCUAGUUCUAACCUCAAAAAAAAACAAAAUCUUUAAGUUAAUUUGUAGUUUUAAAUAGACCUACAAAGUGAUUCCAGCUGUUUCCACCUCUGAAACCUUUUUUAUGUUGAAAAGUAUUUAAUUCUCAUUGAGCUCGGCUAGUAUAAAAGUGCACUUUUGCGCACUUUAUCUAAAAUUUAGCUUUAAAGACCUCUACCUAAUAUGGUAUAUUUCUCGCAUUUUUG